CGCAGGGCCUACUGAAAUGACCGAGAGUCACGAGAAGUCCCACGCCACAGUGCGCACUUCGCUCAUUUUACGGCCACGGCGCCGCAGCUCAAGGAUUCACGUGGGGUGGGCUGGCAAAAAUCCCACAGCGAACCCACAGCUGUGCGGAAAUGACACAGUGCCGUCACGUCACGCGAGAGGGCACUGACUAGAGAAAGAAGAAGAAAAAAAAGCAGCGGAGAGAAACACGGACAACAGUUACCCGUGGACAAAUCCACUGGAUUUAAAGACGCGACCAUGGCUGAUGCCUCCUAACUUACUGCACACGGCUGCCCGGCAUCGCAAAGGAUAUGAGCUCCUCUGUGUGCAUGGUUAAUGCAGACGGACAAGUGCCUGAUAAAAAAGUUAAAGUCGAGAAAGAUGCAGAGGACAUUAUUGAAAACUCAGAGGGAAAGAUGGAGAGCUUCAUUAAGCGCAUUACAAAACGUUUAGCAACACACGCAGGCCCUGAGGUGGAACGGUCCACUAGCGGGAAGAGGGUCAAGGUGACAACACAGGCAGGAGAACAUCCUGACGGCAGUUCAGAUGAUGGAAGCAGGUCAUGCUCUCACGGCCACAGAUUAUCUCCUCAGGAGCAGAUUUCCAUCUCUUCAUACAGGAAACCACUCUACAGCAUCACGCAUCGUAUUUCUGAGCGUAAAGCUGCAUCCAAUCUGGACCAGCACGGAGCUCACAAUGGAGUCAGAGCAAGCCAUAAUGGGGUCCAGUUCCAAAAACUGGGCAAUUCUAGAAAGCAUCACAUGUUUAAGGCCUCGCCUACUGUGGGGAUCACGGGUUCUCCUGCUGCCUUGGAUUCUCACCUCUACCCGCUCAUCGAGAAGAUGUUCUUCCUCCUCAACACACUGAAUUCCAGUAUGACCCAGCUGCACAGUAAGGUGGACUUGCUCUCGUUGGAAGUGACGCGCAUUAAAAAGCAGAUGAAGCCCUCUGAGAUGGUCAUGGAAUUUCAACCUCCUCCUGAAUACCAGUUGACUAGUGAUGAGCUCACCCAGCUGAUGGAGCAAACGUCCACUGCGGGCGAGCUUGGCUGCAGACUCCUCGUUCAACUGUUCCCAGAACUUUUCACAGCAAAGGAAUGCAUGCACAGCUGCAGCACAUGCAGCAUUACAACUAAACGGACAUUAGAUUCAUUGCACCUUCAGUUAAUACGUAACUAUGUGGAAGUCUGCUACCCGCAGGUAAAAAAUGAAAAUGUCUGGCAGACGGAGUGCUUGCUGCAGAUCAAUGAUUUCUUGAAUCGUUUCUGGGCUCAGAAGGACAUGGAGAGUGGUCAGAUGUGUGACAAACAGGCUCCGAUGGUUGUUGGGUUUGACAUGGAACCGAAUCACACUUUCCAUUUUAUCAGUGAAGAUGCCCAGGACGAGAGUUUUUCCCUCAACUCUGGAGAGAACAAUGAUGUUCAUCCUAAUAAUGCCAGCUCAGAUAUAGCGUUCGACCCCCAUGAGGCUGCUGGUGACGACUCUGAAGACUUGACUUCCCCAGAGGAGCUUGUCGUUUUUUUGUUGAACAGACUCUUCCCAGAGGUGUUUGAGGAGGGCAAGUUGCCAGAGGGCCACAACAGCAUUGGACAGUUGAUCAUUGACUCGGACAGACUGGAAAUUAUACGAAAAUACAUGGAGGCCAAUUUUCCUGAUAUCCCAGAGGAAACCUGGCUGCAGUUGUGUGUACAACGAAUGGAGGAAGCACUGGAGAACUCUUCAGUAAAUGUCAGUGGUCGUGACACCCGAGAGAUGUAUGAUACCACCCGUCUCCCUGAUAACAUCUCCAUUGUUAAGAUCGGUGACCUGUGUGAUUAUGAGAAACCAAAUCGCAGGUCUAAAAAAUCAUGGCUCGAGCCUGUGGAUUUCGAUAAACUACAGAUCCCUCCUCCAGACUUUGUUGUUCCACAGGAGUAUUUACUUACUAAGGAACAGCUAAAAUGCAACUACGAAUGCAGUUUAUCAAUUGGGAACUUUGCAUCUCGUCUCCUGGUUCUCAUGUUCCCUGAGCUCUUCACUUUCGAGAAUGCGCGAAAAUACUACAACUGCAGCGGAUCUCUAGGAAAGAAGCAGCUGGAUCCUAUACGAAUCAAUCUCAUCCGACAUUACGUCCAGCUACUCUACCCACAAGCCAAGAACGACCGUGUGUGGACUCUUGAGUUUGUCGGCAAACUUGAUGAGCGUUGCAGGCGACGGGAUACUGACCAACGACGUUCAUACCAGCAACAACGGAAGGCCUGUUCGCCUGACCAAGAGCCUGACCCAAAAGACUCUCUGCUAACUGCUGGCCAAAUCAAUGUUCUCACUUCAGAUCGUGUGAAAGAGGACUCUGAAGUCCUGUCUUCACCCCUGGAGAAAAGCAGCAAAGAUUUCUGCAAGAUUCCUCUGGAGGACCUCUCGGUGUCUACCCCAGACUUCCCAGUGCCUUCUGACUACCUGCUCACGGAUGCUGAAGUGAGGGAGAUUGUCCAACAGAGUCUGUCUGUGGGAAAUUUUGCUGCCCGCCUUCUCGUUCGUCUUUUCCCAGAGCUUUUCACGCAGGACAAUUUACGGCUGCAGUACAACCACUCUGGGGCCUGCAACAAGAAACAGCUGGACCCUGUGCGCCUCCGACUUAUUCGUCAUUACGUGGAGGCCGUCUACCCUGUUGACAAAAUGGAGGAGGUGUGGCACUAUGAAUGCGUGCCAAGCAUUGACGAGCGCUGCAGGCGCCCCAAUCGCAAGAAAUGUGACAUUCUAAAGAAGGCAAAGAGAUCAAACAACACUGUGACUUAUUCUUAAUCAACGUUCCUGCAAAGUGCAGACCUGUUUUCCUAUAUUUUACACAACAUACCUGUUAUUUGCACAAGUCCAUAAGCUGAAGCAUAUUGAAACUUGUCCUUGUUUAAGGUCCAGUUCAUGUCCAUAGCCUUUAAACAGGAUGGGAUAGUAGGUGACAGCAAAGUUUGUGAUUGAAGCCACUAUCACUUGACAGAUAUUAGUGUUACUAUUUAUAUGCCAAAAUAUUAUUGAUGUUAUUCUAAUGAUUAAUAGAUAAGCUAAAGUUAGCCUUAAAUCAACUUAAAUGUAAACAUUUAGUACUUUAAAAAUAAUAGGUCACUUUAGUUUGGGGUGAGGGUAGAGAAGAUGCAUAUAUAUAUAUAUAUAUAUAUAAAGAAGAUACAGUAUAUAUAUUGUUUUAAGUUGUAGCAAUGUUGCAGCACUGGCUUUUUCUAAUUAUCAACAUAUUGAAGUAUGUCUUGCCUUACAAGAAGUCAAACUUACUCAUCUGUACUAAACUAUAGCACCAGGUUAUAUGUUAUAUAUUUUUAAAUAAAAAUUCACUUCCUAGCUGA